AGUAUUAUGGUUAACUCAACGGUUGACGGUUGAGUCGGUCGGCGAAACGAUCGCGGAUUCGUUAAAUUUAAAAUUCGAACAAUCGUCAUUGGACUUGAUGUUUUGACUAUCGUUUUUAUUGAAAUUUAAAACGCUAUGCUCGAACAAAGCUGGAAGCCGAUCUCAGAUAGUUUGGAGGAAGAAUUUAAUAGACCGGUGGAAUCUAUAAUGAGGUGUGAGGAUUUUAAGAGUAAUUUUGCGAGGAGGCUUUCUAAUCGGUAUAUCUCUAAGUCACCGGUGUCUGGUUCAAGGCAAGAUAUGCUGUUGAAACUGCAACCAACGAAUAACACACGGGAUUUUCAAAGCCCAGUUCCAGAAAGAAUUGAGACAUGUACUCAACUUUCGAAAUGUGAUAAAAUGGAGCAAAUUGGCGAACCAGUGAAGCCACCGGAUAAACAUUUAAAGAUGAACACCGAUAUACGAAAUACGGAAGUGAAUGCGCUGAAUAUGGAAGUCGAAACAUUAAGAUGGCAAUUGGCACAGGUAAUUAAAACACGUUUUAAAUCCGCUUGCGAAAGUGUUGGUGCACCAAUAUAUUUAUUUAUUUACUGAUAAUUUAUGUUUAUGUUUGUGUAUUUUUAAACAAUGCGUUGAUGCUAUGCGAAAUUGCUAUGCGAAUUUUAUUUAUACUUCUGGUCUACAUUGUUUAUAGCUAUUGUCCAUUAGUUCUUAAUUUGCCAAUGUGAGCGUGAUUAUUUUCAGACUGAAGCAAACAGACAGAUGCACAUAGCAUUACUAAAGCAAAUAGUGACUUUCUUGAACAGAGUAAAGGAUCAUUUUGAGUGCCAGAAAAACGAAGAUUCGCCGCGAAAGCAUGUUCCCUCCCGGGUCCUCGCCAGGUCCAUCAACUUCAACGACUUGCCUCGAUCCCGUUCCGUUUUGCAUGUCAACAAAAAUCUAGAUUUUACAAUAAGUCCCGCCAGGAAAAUAAGUACAAGAAAGAUCAGUAAAUCAAUUAGCAAUGUCAAUGGAUACAAAGACUGUAAUGGACUGUGGUAAUUACCUUCCAAUUUUAAAUCUUUGUUGUGAAUAUUAAAAUUCCUUUUAAAAAAUAAUUAGCAUUUCCAUAAUUGUUACCGUAACAGCUUAAAAUUCAGUUAUUUUUUUCUUUUUAGUUAAUAUAAAGGUAUCUAACAGUCUAAAUAACACGGAGAAAAUAGCAUCAUUUGUUAUUGCUUACUUAAAUUAGCGAUUAAAUUAUUGUAUUAAGUUAUUUGCCGUCCUCUUUAAAUCCAUUGCUGGAUAUAAAUACUUAAGCUGCAGUAAAUAGAGGCGUGAAAUCUUGAAAGAUUUGUCAUUACUCACCAAGCUGUACCGGUGGAUUAUCUGUGCAUAACCACACCUUUGAACCAAUAAUGCUGGUCCCUAUCACCAAUAUGUGGGUUCUGGUCUUGGUGUAUGUUAGAAUGGAUAAACUUCCAAAAUAUCGGUUGUCGCGAUUCAAGACCUCAAGACCGACAACGAAACUGCAAAUCUUCUAAUUUUACUGGUUGUUCAUGGGCUUUGAGAUGAAAUACUCACUUGCCUUCAAGUAAGCCGCACGCUUAUUUGCCACCUCUUCUAAAAAGAAUAAAAAAAAAUUAUCGUUUGUUAGUCAUCAACCUCUCGUACUUUAGUAAGUAAGGCGCACCUCGUGUAGAUGAGGUUGGCAAAGAUAAAAGUUCACAAUUCUUAUUAUGUAAAAGAAACACCUAUUUACAUUAACUUGGAAAGUGAAACAUGAAAUACAAAAUUUUAUACUUAGAGUUGUUUUCGAGAAAACAAUUCGUAUACUCGUACGUAUUCAGGACUAACGGCUUUACAUGCUUUUCGAGGUAUGGGGUAAAAUGUCGCCAACUUUCUGACUCCGAGGUCUGAGAAUAUCUUGACAGAAAAAAUCAAUAACUGAUUUUUAUUAACAUGACCUGCAAUUCGAGACUGGAAUCUUACGAUCAGCAGUCGCGUUUACAAUUACUAGACUAACCAAGCAGUCGUAUUAUGUUUCAUUUCAUAUUAUACUUUAAACUAUAAUAGAGAAGUUGCAUUAAUUUUUUUUGUCACCACAAAUUUAUAUAUAAAUAAAAGAAUAAUUCAUUGAUUUACCAAAGUAUAUUUAAAUAUUUUUUUAUUCACAAUCCCUUUCUUUAUUAAUAAAAAAUAUAAAUAAAUUUUAUUAAUAAAAAAUAGUAAAUUUUUUAACGAAUAAAACCUAAUUGUGAUUGGUUGUGACGUCAUUAUAUCCGUUGAAAGUAAGCCAAUUGCAAUCAUGCUAUGCUUUGGUACAUCAUAACAAAACAUAUAUAACAUAAUAUAUAACCUGUAUUAUACAAUGAUAUUUUUUUAUAUUGACGAGUGUUUUAUCAUUUUACCAUGCAGUGGCGUUACUAAAGCGAUAUAAUGACGUCACUGGCGUUUGAAUUUACAUUUUAGAAAAAACAUUUUUAAUUGUAAAAUUAGAUGAAAGUUUUUUUGAUUUUUUUUAAUAAUUUUUAGUAAGCUUUCAAAACCAAUAAAAAAAACAAGCAAAUUCUCUAUUUUUUAGUAGUCUUAUGUAUAGGAUAGGUAUGUCUUAUUUUUACUACGGAAGUUUUAAAUGGCUACAAGCUUAAAUCAAUUUCAGGAGCCAGUCAAAAUUGUCUCUUGUUCCCGAACACGAAACGUCACAGAAAAUAAGCGAAGAAAUGUCGAGACUGAUUACUCUUGCCAACACAGUACUUAGUACCAAUUUGCCUGAUCUCGCUUGUGCGUGUGUGAACAACUUUAAUGAUAUCGAUACAAAACUGACUGAAGAUGAAAUAGAAAGGCCAACGUCGCUAAAUGUUACAAUUAAUUUUAUAAAAGAUGAGCCGCGCAGUACAACAGUUAACAGUCCGAAAGGUGACAAUGGCGUGACCAACAAAGUCAUAGAAGUCAGUAGCAUAAAUACCAACACAAGUGACUGUUGUGUGUCAAUUUUGUCCCAUCAAACCGAAUUGGAGGACAAGUUUUCUACUUUGAAGACUCUGGAAAACGAAAGCAAUAAUUCAAACGGCGACACCGAACCACCGAAUGAAAAUGUGGUUGAAGCUAUAGAUAAAAUACAAGUUUUUGAUAAAAUUAACAAUUAUAAUGCUCUAUCGAAUUUUAUUGAAGAUGAGAGUGGAUUUUCUUCAAUGAGCUCUUUUCAAGAAAUUGGAAUACCAGUUAUAAGCAUAAUACCACCGUCGCCAUGUAAAGAAGUUGGUUACUUGGAAGAAAUUUCUGACAUAUUAGAGGAAAGAGAAAAAUGGAAAUCGGACGGCAUCGAACUGGAUAAGCAGAGUGUUAAAGUUUUUUGGGUCUGAUUUAGGUCUCCAUGUACAAACUUUUCCACUGACGAUCCGAGCCGGCGAUUUAAAUUUACAAAUUUAAAUUUUGAUAAAUUUGUACUUAUUCAUAUUGCCUUAGUUUUGAGGUACUAAUAUACAAAAUGUCGAUUAAAAUAUUUAUAAAAUUUGUCUUAAAAGUCUGUAAUAAACUGUGAAAUU